UCUAAAUGUUAUAAAAAUGCAAUUUCUUUAUGUUUUUUCUGUAGUUAUACAGGUCUCCGGUUACCCACCAUACUACAUAAGUGGUUUACGCGUAUCAUCAGUUACCACGAGUAAGACGUUUUAUUCGAUUAAUAUUGUGUUCAAGAAUUCACAGACACUUCUUCAAACGCGAAGGAAACAACACAAUGAAAGAUCGGGUUUCGUGGUUCGUCGGUUUACGAGACGGCGCGCCCUUCGUGUACCAAAAAUAAUCGAGACAUCUUACCGUUUUCUUGAGCUUCAAAAAGGUUUCGCGACGCAAACGUGCGGUCACCGAUUCAGAUUUAUCAAGUUCAGAAAACGAAAUGAAAUGAUGUGUUGGGGUUUACGAUAGCUUUUUUGCGGUUAAACUGGGGUGUAACGUGAA